CUGAGCUUUAGACUCUAGGUUCCAGAGGGUUAAACUUUGGUAUGGGGGUGAGACAGGACAGGAUUACUGUAUGUGGGAGUGUCUGGUAGAAACAAAAUGUAAGCAUGAGAAGGUGAACACUCCAAUGUACGAGCAAACCUGAAACCUCCUACAAAAGAGGAACCAACGUAUCAUUUAGUGUUGCGUCUUCAAUAAAAAGAGGAUCAGCGACUGACUAUGUUUUUCAUCAUGAUUCACUAUGUGUUGGUCGCCAUAAACACCGCAAGCAGUGAGAUACACUCUCUGAUGCACACCUGCACAGUCUUCUCCAAACCUGUGAACCUCACAGGCAUCCACGAAUUCACUGCUAUUGGUCUGCUGGACGACAGAAUGAUCUACUACUAUGACAGCACUAUUCAAAAGAAAAUUCCCAAACAGAAGUGGAUGAAGGAGAUACUCGAACAGGAAUACUGGGAUAAAGGUACAGAGUUUGAGAAGGGAGAAGAGAAGCGAUUCGAAACCCUGAUCAGCCAAAGGAGAUCAAGUCUCAAAGGCAUUCAUGUUCUUCAGUGGUUAUAUGGCUGUUUCGCUGAAGAGGAUAAAAAUGGUACCCUCCAGUUUAAGCGUAGCUUGGACAUGUUCAAUUUUGACGGAAAUGUAAUCCAGGCUGGAACACCCUCCCCUGUGACAGUGCCUUAUAACAUGAAGGAGUGCAUGGACAUGAUGAAAACUUUCCUCGUUUAUUCAACAUCAGAGCUCAUAAAUGCCUCCAUUACCAAACCACCUGAUGUGUUCAUGUUUGCAACACGAGCUAAAGAAAAAACAAACAUUGUGCUGACCUGCUUAGCCACAGGCUUUUAUCCAAAGAAUAUUACUAUGGAGAUCAAGAGAAACGGCCGUGUUCUAACAGCAGAUGAUGGGCUGCUUUCAACCGGCGUUCGUCCAAAUGACGAUGACACUCUACAAAGACGAGACCAUGUGGAGAUUCUGAGGACAGACUCUGCAAAUUACACUUGCAGAGUCACCAAUAAAAAAUUCGGUAUAGAUGCUGAGAAGACCUGGGAUCGACAUCUUCCUUUAAAUGAUGACGCAGGAGGAGCUAUUGCUGUUGGCGUUGUUGUUGUUGGAGUCGUCUUGCUUGUGCUUGUGUUUGUCCUAGUGGUGAUUGUGUUCAAGAGAAAUCUUUGUUUUUCUGUAGGAACUUCACAAGAAAAUCCUUCUGUUUCUUCAACUCCUACCAUAAGUUCAGAAAAUAGUCCUUUGAUCAAACUCCCAAGAGCGGUGUCAUCCCCGAGGGGAAUUCCCAACCAAAGAACACCAAACCCCUCAUUAAGAAGAUCAAUGUCUGACCCCACGAAGAAGACCAACAACAAGAAGACAUUUUAUUCCAGCAUUUAGCAGUCUAAAGAUUAGGGAAGUGUUAAGUUAAAGUUAAAACAGUAAAGAAAACAAACAUUUAAUGUUAGUUAAAAAUAUUUGUUUUAUUUUUUAACAUGUUUUUUACUACUGCAUACAUUUUUUAAAUGGCUGUCACAAAGUAUUUUAUAUAUUUGCUUAUAUGUCUAGUGUGUAUAAUGUUUAUAUGUGUAAUAUAUACAUAUAUAUAUGGAUUUUUAUAUUAAAUGAAGUUUUUUUUUAUAUUUUUAUGCUAUACUACACAUUUAUAUUUUAUUAUUAACACAUUGAUGAAAGUAUUGUUACAUUAACCACAUGGAGCUCGAGACUAGUUAAACCAGUCAGGGGAAGUUUUAUGGUACUCAUUAGUUCUUUUCCACUAGUAAACAAAGCCACAAAUUACCUUGUUGGCGGGACAAGGGUCUGAGGCAUUGACCACUCAAGCUUUAGAUUUGGUGAGGAUGACCAUACAAAGGUGCUACGGUCCUGGGGGCUUUCCCCUUUUCUGACAGAACAUUGGCCUGGAGCCAAAUAAAGCCUGCCUUAAACAUUUAUAACCAAUCAUGUUUUACUAUCCGUUGUCUGUGCAUGUCCUGAGACCCAGAGAUGUCUGUACGAGUCUGAUCCAACUUUUAAUAAAUUGACUAAAUUCCAAUUGAGUCUUUUGAUCACUUUCUUCCUCAUCAACGAACAUGCAGAGGUUAGUAGGGGCUACACUCAAUAUACAUAUACAGACAUUCAUCUACUGUAUAUAUAUAUAUAUAUAUAUAUAUAUAUAUAUAUAUAUAUAUAUAUAUAUAUAUGUGUGUGUGUGUAUAUAUAUAUACACACAUACAGCUGUAAAUGUUGAGUUUAUUCUCACGACUCCACUUGCUCGUAAAAACGGGCAUACAUUUGAUCGUCCAUUAUUUUUAUUUUUUUAUUUUUCUAUUUUGUUUAGAAGACAUCAGUGUAUUAAUAAACUGUUUUAAUGCACUCCAUAUUCAUAAUAACGUUUAUGAAAUUGAAGUUUGAUUGUAACAAAAAUAUUUACAACAGGAGUUGGUUAUAUUCCUUUUUUUUUUUUUUUUUACCGUUGUUCAGUAAACUUUGCACAUGUAGUCGGUUAAAAAAAAGAGAGAGAAAAAAUAAACACCCCCACCUUUUUUUUUUUAAAUUUGUUUCAAUAGCAUGUUUGAGUUGGGUGCAUUACACGUAACUGCCAGCGGGUGGUGCUGUUGGCGCUGCUGUGCCGUUGUGGACAAUCAACGAAAGAGUUACAUGAGGGAACUUCAUUAUUAAAGGAGUUUCGUUCUGAUUACAUGUGUUUCGGAUUUGUCCACAGGUACGUUGUUUAACUGUGUUAAAAGUGACAGGAGUGUUGCAGUCAUUUUAAAGUAAUGGAUGAUUGUUGUAGAGGAGCACUGAACGUUUCUAAACUUGUAAGAGGUGUAUUUUUCAGAAUGUGUUGUACCGCCGCCAUUUUACCUCCAUUUAGUGCCGCGGUUUCUUUGAUUUGCCCAAAAUACAUGAGUGUGUUCAUGGACUCAGUGCAGUAACACGGAAAAGUUGAAAACAGAUAACUGAAUGUAUUUGUGUGGUUACAUUGCUGCUCUUUAUGAGUGUAAUUAUUUUGUUUAUUGUGAAUUCAGCUUUCAUUUGUUUAUUAUUUUUAAUAUUUGGCAUUUUAUCUCAUGUCCAUUGUCAAAGAUAACUUAACUUUAUUAUUGUAUAUGAUUAGGUCAUGGAACAUUGCCUAUUGUGAAAUUGUGUUCAAUGCAUGAUUCAUUAUUAAAGGAGCUUCGUCCUGA